UGCUAGUGAACUUCACUCCCUCAUCUCAAAAACCCCUAUAACUUCAACAAUCCUCAACACUAACUCUACCACAACCACACCAUUCCCUAAAAGCUUGUUUUUGCCUUCUUUUUCCUUAACAUUGCUGACAAAAAACAACCACUACUACCUCUGUCUCUCCCCCACCUUUUUUUUCUUUGCACAAUUUUGCACCCUUUUAGCUUCUAUUCCCACUCACAAUAAUUCUUCUUCUCCAUCUUCUUCUUCCACCCUUUAUGCUUCUUCCUUACACUUAUUUUUUUUCUUUAGAUACAAAAGGUGUUUGUUCGGAAUAUUACACAAACACAUGGAGGGUCAACAACCUGCUAAACGCAGACGCGUAUACUCACUCGAACCCAACAAAGUGGAACAAGCAGCGUUUGCUAGAAGCUACAUGAACUAUUUGGUGCCGGCAUUGAUGAAGAUCAAGGAAAGAAUUACCUCUUCAGAGCACUGUGAUGAUAUUCAGAAUGUUGUCAAGUAUGAAGUGGACAUGGCAAUGGUGCACUCGGCGCAGGGUUUUGCAUGGAGCGAUGCUCUAAGCGUGAAGCUUCAGAGAAAUAAUAGAGCCAAUGCAGAUAGUGACACAACCAGCAAUGAAGAGGCUGGUGAAGCUUCAUCAAGGGUUUGUGGCAAAAGUGGUGAAAUGGUGCCAUUGAACAACCAUUUUCCUUCAAACCCUAGCUUGAAGCCUAGAAGAAGAAGAAGGGGUUUGAGAGAAGAAGAAGAAGAUGAAGAUGAGUUGAAGAGCCUUAGAAUGUUGAUACCUGGUGGAGAAGAGAUGUGUAGUGAACAAAUGGUGACAGAGCUUCAAAGCUAUGUAAGCUGUUUGCAAAUGCAGGUGAACAUUCUUCAGUGCCUCGCAGAGACACAUUGAUUCAUUCAUAUGUUUCUGCUUUUUUGCUUUUUUCAUAAAGCCAUUACCACUGUUAUUAUAUGUCUCUGUGUUCCACAUAUAAUAUAUAUUCUCAAUUACCAAAUCAACUUCAUCAAUAUUCUAUCUUUUGCUAGCUAUAAUGUAUUCUGAAUAUC